GACUACAUCACUGACUCCUCGUCGGAUGAAGAGAAACUUUCGGCCGAUGAACGAGAACAGAUAUACCAGGAGACUGGCGUAGACGAGGAGCAGGGUCUAAAGGCCCUCCUAACAGAUAUCAGUGAUUCGGAUGAGAAUCCCGACGAAUCAAAGCCAGUCGAGGCCCGUGAGGGAGACGAGGGCGCAGAAGGCGCCGUCGAGGUCAGUGAUGAGGAGGCAGGCGGUGGUGCUGGUGGUGGACGCAAGCGCUCCGGAAAGUCUGGCGGCGAAGAUGGCGGC